ACUUUCCGAGAAAAUGUAGUGUAGCCAAGUCAAGCGCUGUUGGGUGCCUGUUGAGAGAGCCCGAAGGGAGCACGACCAUACGCAUAUCGAUAUUCUAAUUCGGUUUCUGUCUUCUUUCCUCUCGUAUGUUCUCUCUGCGCCCCUCCACCUGAAGUCCUUGUUAUAAAUUCAGAACCCGCCAACCAUUUUCGUCGUCUUUUUCUUUCGCAUUUCAUCUGAAUUUCGCCAUGGGAGACGCCAACGCUGUUGAAGCUAAGGUUGGAACCAUUUCUGUUGUUGCUUCUGCCUUAUCUGGCAACCAGGAAGUUGGGCAAGAUAGGUUCUUGACAAAGGCUGUAGAAGAGGCAUAUAAAGGUGUAGAACGUGGUGACGGAGGGCCAUUUGGGGCUGUUGUUGUCCGUAACGAUGAAGUUGUUGUGAGCUGUCACAACAUGGUGUUGAGAAACAGUGACCCAACCGCACAUGCUGAGGUGACUGCAAUAAGAGAGGCUUGCAAGAAGCUUAACCAAAUCGAGCUGUCCGACUGUGAAAUUUAUGCCUCCUGCGAGCCUUGUCCAAUGUGCUUCGGAGCCAUCCAUCUUUCCAGAAUAAAGAGGUUGGUCUAUGGAGCCAGAGCUGAAGCAGCCAUAGCCAUUGGGUUUGAUGAUUUCAUAGCAGAUGCAAUAAGGGGAACCGGAGUUUAUCAAAAGGCACAAACGGAGAUCAAAAGAGCUGAUGGUGAUGACGCCAUUCUUGCAGAGCAAGUAUUUGAGAAAACAAAAGCCAAGUUCACCAUGUACUAGUAGUAGUUCUAUUCCUCCCUGCUGCAUGGCAUGAUGGAACUACUGUAAUGGCUUCACUCUUAAAAUAAGUUAUUGCAAAGCUACUAAAAUGCAAGUAUUCGCGGUUCCUGUAUGACCACUUUUUUCACACAAGGUUUCAAUAUGUUAAAACUACUCUUCCCUUCC